AUGAGAACAAAUUAUGUUAAUUGUUUACAAAAAGGACUCUUAUCAAUUUUACGAAAAUUGCGUUCAACCCACGAUAAGGAACUGCGACUUUUAUUGCUUGGUCUCGACAACGCUGGAAAAACAACAAUAUUAAAGUCAUUGGCUAGCGAAGAUAUCACUCAAGUUACGCCGACGCAAGGUUUCAAUAUAAAAAGUGUCCAAAGUGAAGGUUUCAAACUUAAUGUAUGGGACAUUGGCGGCGCGCGUAAAAUAAGACCUUAUUGGCGAAAUUAUUUCGAAAACACUGAUAUUCUUAUUUACGUAGUAGACAGUGCUGAUAUUAAAAGACUUGACGAAACAGGCCAAGAACUUUCGGAGCUUUUGAUGGAAGAAAAGUUACGCGGAGUUCCACUAUUAGUUUAUGCAAACAAACAAGAUUUGGGACAGGCCGUCACUGCUGCCGAGAUUGCUGAAGGAUUAGGGCUUCAUAAUAUCAAAGACCGGGAUUGGCAAAUACAAUCUUGUAUUGCGACAGAAAGUAAGGGUGUUAAGGAAGGACUUGAAUGGGCAUGCAAAAGUAUCAAAAAGAAUAUUGCACUUAAUGUUUUAUGCUACAUGCACAUAAUGCCACAUAUUUAUAAUUCGCUAUGGAUCGCUUCUGUAGUAACUCGGAUUUCUUCUUCAUGGAAAUCAUUACAGUCAGCUGGAUACUUUUCCUGCAACAGCCAUUAA